GUGCGACUGUGUCUUUGUGCUUCGUCUGUCAGGACAUAAACACAGUUCCAGCAUCCUGAAAUUACCUCCCAAGAAGCUUCGGCCUGCCCAUCUUUCCCUGUCCUGCAGCGCUGAACCAUCCACGCCGAGUCCGGCUGAUGACAACCAGGUGGUCCCCUCAUUCCAACAUCUCUCGCUGUACGAGUGCAGCAGUCCGCCGGAGACUCCGGACAGGUGCUCCAAGCCUCUGCCGCCCAUCCCGCUGCGUAGUGACAUCUCAUCCGAGCAGGCCAUGGACAAUGAGGUGGAGUUGUUCACCAGCACGGACGAGAGCUGCUGCCUGGUGUCGGAUCAGUGUUCCAAACCCUCUCCUUUUCGGACCGGACUUCCCAGUCGGAGAAGUUUAAGGGACUGCGGACAGAUUAACCACGCUUACUAUGACGGGCCUUUAAGUCCGAGGCAACCCCAACCUCAGCAGUUUCCCGUGCUUCCCCCGCAGCAGAAGGAAAUGCAGCAGCAGGAACUACCAGCGGUCUGCCAACGGCAGCGGGACAAAGCUCAAAGGAAACUACAUCGUUCUCACUCCGGACCAGCCGGAUCUUUAAACAAGCCUUGCCAACUGCGCUUCAAAUACACCGCCUUCAACACAGAUCACAAAAUGGAGGUUCCUCCGCCGAUUCCGCCGCGACCAACCAAGACGGCAGAUCCCACACACUCUCAGAGAGGUAGUCAUUCAAUGUUAUUGUGAUUAUUAUGAUUGUGUUUGCAGGUUCGUUUUUCAUAUUUUGGUUACUUUAUUUGAUAAUGCGCCUUGUAAGAAACAUCUCGAGGAAUUAAAAAGACAACCGCAGUUGAGAAGAUGUUCGUCUUGCUAUGCAUUAUGGAGCACAGGUCACAGUUCUCAUUGCGUCCCGUUCGUACGUUAGUGACAUUGCUUGAC